UAAAUUCUAAUAUCAUGAAAUCUAAUAAUUCAUGUUUUCAUAUACUAAAGAUAAAUUUAAAAAUAAAAUGAAUUUAUUGUAUCAAAGACAUAAAUGAAUUUAUUUAUUUAUCAAAGACGUAGUGAGUCUCCCUUCGGUGAAUGUGUGUAGAAGGUAUAUACCUUGAGUGAAGCAAAAACGGUAGCAAUUCUAGUAGCCAUCAUAUUCAAACAAAUAUUAAAGUGGCGUGAAUUCUCAGCAUCGUCAGCAUAGAGCGUUUCCAGUGCCUGCUCAUGAUCAGUUAGAAAUCCCUGAGAAAGAGAAGGUAUAUACCUUGAGUGAAGCAAAAACGGUAGCAAUUCUAGUAGCCAUCAUAUUCAAACAAAUAUUAAAGUGACGUGAAUUCUCAGCAUCGUCAGCAUAGAGCGUUUCCAGUGCCUGCUCAUGAUCAGUUAGAAAUCCCUGAGAAAGAGAUUCGGAUGCCGGAUAUCAUUAUUUUUUUUGAUAUGUAGAAAGAUAUGUGGAAGUUACAAGUCCAAAUUGGAAUAGUCAAAACUCAAAUAUAGCAAAUCCAUAUAGAGUGUGAUUCUGGAUCCGUCCUACUGUUAAUUGUUAUUCAAUACUAUAUGUUUUGAUUGUUUUGGUAUGCUUGCAGUUGCGUUUGUGUUUAUCUUUACAUAUUUACAAAAUGUAUCUAUAUUAAAAAUAAUCUAAAUUUUCUCAUUGACAAUUUUAUUAAUGAAAUGUCAUUUGCGUUCUACUUUUCCAUUUAUAAUUUACUAAAAUAUGUAAUUUGUUUUUUUUUUUUAAAGUGUAUAAAACAUUAUAGCAUAAGAAAAUAAAAGUUUAGAAGUUUGAGCUUUAUUGUAAAGUGACUAAUUUUUCCUUAUUGGGAUAAACUAUGUACAAGGAUCACAUCUUUUUCAUGAAUAAAUAAAUAUAUUCUUUUCAAAAAUAAAAAGUUUUUUGAUUAUCUUAGUUUUUGAUAAUAUUCUCAAAAAUGUAUUAUGAGUUAAAUAUUUCAAGAAUUUACACAAUAAUGUUUUAAAUUAAUUAAAAAUAAAUAUUUUCUAUAAACUUAUAAUAAUAUUUUCACUAAACUCACAUAAUAACAUGUACUCACAUAUUAAAAAAAAAUUAAUUUUUUUUUGCUUUUAAUAUAUAUUUUCUCACAUAUUUGGUAGUUAGUUAAAAUCAUAGUUUCUACAGUCACAAUCUUUCUCAAUCUGUUAUAAAUUUAUACAGUCAAAAUCUUUAAAACAAAAGUUCUUAUAGUCAAAGAUUUUACCAAUCGGCGCCUAAACUAUGCGAACAACAACUAUUACUAAACUUCCAAACAUCAAUCUAAGAAUUGACUAAUUUUUAUGCAAUUUAAAUUACUACCAAAUUUCCAUCUAUAUAAACCCAGUCUUGCACCCACAAAAAAAAAACAUAUUCCUUGGCUAAAGCCAAAAAAAAGAAAACACAUAUUAAGUCUAUUUAUUUUAUUUUUAUAACCAAAAAACUCAUAAUUUUGUUUUCCUCCAAAAUGAAUCCCAAGAAAACCAAAGGAAAGCAAAAGAUUACCAUCAAGAAAAUUGAAAAAGACGAAGACAGAUUGGUCACAUUGUCUAAGCGUCGAAAUGGUAUCUACACUAAGCUCAGCGAGCUUUCCAUUCUCUGCGGCGCUGAAGUUGCGUUUCUCGGGUACUCUUGCUCCGGAAAGCCUUACACAUUCGGCAGCCCAUCCUUCCAAGCCGUGGCAGAGCGGUUUCUCAACGGCGAGUCCUCCUCGUCUUCUUCAUCGUUGCAACGAUCGGUCAUGAAUGCUCACCAGCAAGCGAAGAUUCAAGAGCUUUGCAAAGUAUACAACAGAAUGGUGGAGAAGGCAAAGGCGGAAGAAGUCAAAGUAAAGAAGGCGGCUGCAUUGGCUGAGAAGAUGCCCUUGAAUGAGGAUGCGUGGUGGAAAGUGGAUCCAAAGGAGGUGAAGGAUCAUGAAGAGGCGAAGAAGAUACUGGAAAAGUGUGAAGGGCUCUAUGAGAAACUGUGUGACGAAGCUGCUGCAAGGAUCCAGAGGGGAGAUGGUGAGAAUAAUAACAAAUGAUCCAUUGAUGAUUAAGAUUUUAACUAGUAGAUCAUUUGUGAUCCUCUCUAGUUAAGUAUUUUAUGAGUCUUAAGAAUUAUGUCUUUUUUUUUAUACA